AUGGCUCAAAGAGAAAAACUUCCAAAGCCAGAAAUCAGAUUGCAUAAUUUGCAAAGAUUAAAAAUGAAAGUGAUUAAAAAAGAAUUGCAUGUUUCACAGCAAGCACAAGGGAGUACUUCAAGCACCAUACUCACAAAUUCCAUAUAUCAUAUCAAUGCUAGUGUUGUCACAACAAGAAUUCAAAAGGUCGUUGAAGUUGGAGAAGAGAAGGAAAUAAAUGAUGUUCAACGUGCCCAUAUCGAAAGCACCCCAUUCAAAUGGGUGUUGGAUAUAUCUAACGACUUCUCAAUCUCGGGUGGUUUAUUAUGGGAGUUAGUAAUUAGAUGGGACUCACAGAAUAUGGGAUUUCGGGUUAGGGAUAUGAUAAUUCCCCUUACCCCCGUGGAUGUUUGUUUUGCUAUUGGAUUGUCUAUUGUUGAGUUUUACUUUCCAAAAACCGAGAAUAAGGUAUUCACGGGAUUUAUUAAACACUUGGAUGAUUUGGAUUCACUUGAUAUAUAUAGUUGGGAUCUUGCUGUUUAUAACUUUGUGGUUGCUAGUUUAUGGGGGUCUUCAGUUGUGUUGAUAGAAGGACAAAACAGGUCACAAAGACAUUUAAAUGAGUGUGCUGCCGUAUUGCAGAUUUGGACAUUCAACCACUUAUCUUUGGGGAAAGCACCUGCUGUUUCUAGGUUAACUUUUCCACGGAUAAUUGAAAGAGUGGUUGCAACCGAGGAAGAAAUGAAAUAUGACAUAUUCAAUGCUGCCUUGUUUGAACAAGGACAACAAUUUGUGGAUCCUCAUGAUUAUCAAAGAUUGGUGGCUGAGAAUAGAGAUUUCCAAGAGAGGAUAACAAUUCUUGAGGGUGAAGUGAGGAUGCUUAAAGACUCAAAAGAUAACAGUCGGUUUGAAAAUAAGGAUGUCCAAGAUGAUCAACAGAUUGUGAACUUUAUUGCCGAAGAUGAAGUCAGAAUUUAUGUUGGAGAUGUUGGACAUAAAACUCCACCAAAUGAUGAUGCCAAUGUUGUGGAAAACCAACCAAAGUCUAUAUCCAAAAUGGCUACCAGAAUGAAUAAGAAACCAAGGACGAAGCGUGGAAAAAAUAGUAGAAUGAAUUUGUAA